AUGUGGCUUAUUACAGGUCCAUUUGACGCGGAAGUCGUCGGAGAGUUGAACUUUCAAAAAACGAAACUUCUCAAGACCGACACGACGUAUCCGGUUGGCAGGAAGGAUAGGCCUCUAACAUUGGCUAGCAAGAAGGUCUCGCAUGACCAUUGCGAAUUUAUUGUGGGUAAUUUUACUGUGGAUCAGGUCGGGGAACCUACGUCGAGGCCAAGCCUUCAUUUUAAUAAUAAGAAGGACAAAGGGAUUAGGGUCAACCGCGGAGACCAUCUAGUCAUUGCCAAUCCUUCAUCCCCAGAGGAGCUGCAAGACGGUGAUGUUGUAUCGAUCAUCACCGGCCUCCAAGUCACGGUGAAAUGGGAGUCCGUAUGUUGUUACGCCCCCAACCCACGGGGAAAGGCACCGGUGUCUCUGGAAGCUUGUGCAUCUCUGGGUAUACAUCUUGUACAAACCCCUAAUUCUCAUGUCACCCACCACCUUACUCUCAAUUACAUUGCAAAUGCGUUGACUGCUGCUUCUCUUGUAUCGGCUUCUCAGUUUGUUAAGCCUGAGUGGUUGCAUGAGGUCGUACGACUUGGUAACCUUCCAAAGAAUAGCGACCCCUCGAGCGGCACGUCUCUUGAAGAUAUCUUCUCGCUUCCUCAAAUCAGUAAAUUCCGUCCCAACUUCUCCCCCUCCCUGCCACCAUCACAAAAGAUUUUCAAGGUCUGGGAACCAAACGAAGAGCGGCUUCACAUGUUUCAGAGUUACCGCUUUAUUUGUAUUGGUGAAAAAGCGCGGGAGAUUGAAAACGAUAUCAGGGGGCUCAUCCAUCGCGGUGGCGGUUCUCUGGAAACGUUUGACGUCCAGUCUGGCGUUGCCAAACUCCACAAGGCUUUAACGCGCAGCCAAGCUAAGGAAGGGAAGAAGACUGUUGUAGUUGGAGAUGACGAUGCCAUGUCGACGGCUAUUGGUAUACCUGCUUGGAAGGCUCUAGUCGUCGAGGCAAAAUCCUUCAACUCAGCCCCUAUAGACCCGGAGCGGAUAGUUCAGGCUGUUUUUGAUGUGGAUGCGACCGUUUUGGACAACGCCGACUCUAUGGACGUCGACGACGAGCCCCGCUCCUCGCCUCUACCUGACGUCAUCCCCAAUACACUUCCGGAAGAACCCUCUCUCCAGCCCAGUCCGAAGACCCAAGCGCCUGUUCGCAGACUUACUCGCCGAGUGGUAUCUCGAGAGCCCUCAGUGCAACCCCCCGCAUCUCCUAAAACCCCGGAGCCGGAAUCACAAGAGGAAGCAUCCACUCGUCCGCGUCGAGCCCUCACCCGGCGCGUGAAUGGUGGGAAGCCGUUGCUAACUGGCCUGGACGACCCCUCCUCCAUCCUCGACGCAGUUCCGGACGUGCCAGCUAGAGUAACUCCUCCCCCAAUGGUAGUCGACCUCACGGCACCGACCCCCGCUCGUUCUAGCAGGCUCAAACGCCGCGUUGGCGGUGCAGCCUCAGAAAUCCAAAAUACCCUCAAUCCCGAUACCUUCUCCUCUGGAAUCGGAGAAACCAUUGGCGAACCACCACUUAAAAGGUUCAAGGCGCUGUUCGAAGCAAGUAAUCCAGACCAACAACCUGGAGCAGGUAGCUUCGAUAUGCUACAAUCGUCUCAAAGUCAAACGCAGACACAAAGUCAGACACAGUCAAAGACGAUCCGCUCUUCGCGGGGAGAGACCCAUUCAUCACUGGGCGUCUUACGAGAAGAGGAAGAGGAGAGUCAGUCCAUCGAAGCGCCACAUGCUGCAGCGCAACGGGGCACCAAGAGAGGUUUGGAUUCUGUGGAUGGUGAAGAAGAAAUGGGUCACGCCGCCGCAUCAUCUCAGCCUGCCGCCAAGAAGAUGGCGGUGGAGAAUGUCAAUGCAGUCGAGAAGGCGACAGCAGCGGCAGUCGGCCGUGCCCCCAGCAAGCCGCCUUCUACCGUCAAACCUUCGAAACAAACCAAAACGGGGGCACCAGCUGGAAAACCCGACACGGAUGCUGCCUUCCUCAAAGCUAUUGCUUCUACCAAACGCGGAAAAAAGACGGAAGAUGCAUUCGAUCGCGAGUUCAACAAUCUUAAGAUAUCUAAGCCUGACUUUGAGCACGAAGAGCAAGAAAAGGAAUGGAAUGUUUUGGCAGAUUUUGGCGAUGAUUCAGGCAUCAGAGGAAAUUUCAUGGUUGUGAUGGAGAUGGAGGUAUUCCGAAAGGAUGAUGGAAGUCGUGCACGAAGCGGCCAGGCAGUGAACAUUGACUGGGAGGCGAAGCCCAAUUUCAAGAAAUAUAAAAAGAAAUUCAACGUUGGCGCUGGUUCAAGAGUUGAGCUGAUUCCAAGUGAAAUAAACGACUACGGGAUAGGACCUUCAUAUUGGAAAGGUGGUAGCCAGACUCAAAAUGGGUUUGACGCUAGUCAAAUACCGACUCAACCUCCAAAACGAGUACCUCGCGCUAUACAGGGCAAGACUAAGAUCAUGACGACCGCUCUUCCUCCUUCACCUUCUCCAGAAGUCAAGCUCGACUCGGAUGAAGAGAUACCGCCCCCUGCGCCGAAGGUGAAGACCAAACCACCUUCCAGAGCAGGGUCAGCUCUCCCACCUAAACGGGCAUCGUCGCGGUCGAAGGAGCCUGCGAAAGCUAAAGCUCUUUUCCUGGACUCAGACGAUGAUAUCAAGGAAGUGGUGGAGGAGGAAUCCCAUGUUAUGGACCUUACCUUACAGGAGGACGAUGAAGAUCAAACCCUUCGUUCGAGUGCUGGAACGAAAUCUUCGGCGCGGUCAGCACCGCCUUCUCAAAAAGCAACUCGACAACUCGCUCGAGGGAGGAAAGCCAUGCCUGUCAUUGUGGACGACGAUUCCGACGACGGCGUUGUCUUCAAAGGUUUUAGAGGGAACAAGAAGCGGUAG